AUGGAUUCUCGGCUGUUGAAGAAAAGGAAAUUUAUGUACUGGGACUGGUUGUAUAAUCAGAGAGCUGAAAAGACUCUCAAAAAAAAGAGUAAGUUCGGUAAGACAUGGACCACCUGGUUGGUGAUAGAACACCAGUACAAGAAGGAGAUAAUUGAAAAGACUGGAGCAAGGCCAGGAGGAAAGGAGAUGAUUAAAAACUACCAGGGAGCGGUCAAUGCAAUUAUGGGAGGUUUAUGUGAAGAGCAGCUGGAGGAAGCGAAGAAGACUGCAAUAGAGUGGUCUAGCAAGGCUCCUCUUAUGAAUGUCCAGGUCGAGUUCGCUCAGAAGAAAGCUCCUGGUAUGAUGAAAGAUCUUGCGACUCAGUUAUGGAGGCAGGCUGGUAUGAGGAUAUUCAUAUUGUCAGCAUGGAAAACAGAGGAAGGGGAAGUAAGAAUCAAUGAAAUGGACUUCAAUGAACAGUUGGAAGGUAAUAGUUUCACCAAUACAAAGGACUGGAAUCUCAUGUUAUCAGAGUGGAAUGCCUAUGUCGGAGAAGAGUCCGCAGUCAAUCAGAAUGAUGAGGAUGACAAUGAGGAUAUGGGGGGGAAGGAGAGCGGAAAGCACAGGAGAAAAAAGGAGGAAUUUGCCUUGGAGGUGGAUGCCUAUGGGCUUCCGGUCAUGCCAGAUAUCGAGGACCUCAGCCUGGAGAAAAAAAAGUAUCUUAUCUGCACAUUCCUCACAAGACACUACAGGUUUUGCAGUCAAAAGCUGAAGGCUUCCAUUCCUUGGUCUGCAGUAAGAGAGGCUCAGGAUGAUUUUAUUGAGCCCAAGUUUUUACCUGCUGGUGUGAAGAUCAAGGACCCAUCAAAGCUUCAGUUGCAUGAAGCUGACAGGUUCUUAGAGUUCUGGCAUCAGAGACAAAAGGACGCGGUUUCAUCAACAUUUGAAUUCAAAGGCUGGCAAGACCACGACAAGGAGAUGAGAGAACUGGUGAAGAGGACCUCCGGGCAGGUGGAACAAGGCUUGAGCACUGAGGAGGAAGAUCGUGAUGAAGGUGCUAUGAAUGGCAUGAGAUCCGGUCUAGCUACUGCAAAGACCAAGGUUCCAGUUAAAAAAACAACCGGAAGGAAGGACCACAAGUCACGAAAACCAACUGGCAAGCCAACCAGACGGGUGGAGCAGGAGUUAGGUAGUGAGGGGCAGGAUGGUGAGGAAGGUGCUGGCGAUGGCACAAGAUCCGGUCUGGCAACAGCAAAGACCAGGGUUCCGCCAACCGGACGGGUGGAGCAGGAGUCAGGUAGUAAGGGGGAGGAUGGUGAGGAAGGUGCUGGCGAUGGCACCAGACCUGGUCUAAUGACUGCCAAGACCAAGGUUCCGGUUGAAAAGCUGACCGGAAGGAUGGAGCCUGCCGUUCUGGUGACAGCAAAGGCCAGGGUUCUGGUUAAAAAACUAACCAGCAAGCCGACUGGGAAGUCAACUGGAAGGAUGGAACACCAGUCAAGUGGCGAGGGUAAUGAAGGGAAUGAAGACGUCCAUUUGCUGUUUUCAAAGUCCAAAUCAAUUGGAAGGCGAAAUCGAACUGACCAAUCUGAUUCAGAGCAGGAAGAUGCGUCGAAAGGAACCUACACCCAAAUUAAUGGCACUUUCGACGACACAAGCCACUUGUAA